GGGGGUUGUUCGUGAAUGCAUCUUGUGUCUGACAGAGUAUGCAUGUGUGUUUGCGUGUCUACACGUGUGAGUAUGUGUAGUUAAGUUCAGUGAGGCAGCGCGCGACACAAACGUGACAGGAUAGUCGAGCGAGGGAAGGAUUACCGUACGUCCGUCUAAAAUAAACUACACACAGGGCAUGGCACUGUGUGGAGUCAAGGGGCCACGUUUCUUAGGACCCAACGUGUACCCAGAGGCCCCCGAUGGAGGCUGGGGAUGGGUGGUGGCCAUCGCCUUCUUCUUGGUGGAGGUUUUCACUUAUGGCACCAUCAAGAGCUUCGGUAUUUUCCUCCAGGAUCUAAUGGCGGAGUUCGGAGAGACCAACAGUCGGGUCUCCUGGAUUGUUUCCAUCUGCGUGUUUGUCAUGACUUUCAAUGGUCCUCUCUCCUCUGUUAUGACCAACCGCUUUGGGUUCCAGCUUGUUGUUAUGCUUGGAGGAUUACUAAUUGCCUCAGGCACCAUCGCAACCAGCUUUACCAGUUCAAUCAAUCAAAUGUACAUCACUUAUGGAUUAGUUGCAGGUCUGGGCUACUGCAUGACCUUCCUGCCAACUGUGACCAUCCUUUCGCACUACUUUAACCGUCGACGGUCUCUGGUUACAGCUGUAGCUUCCACUGGGGAGUCCCUGUCCAUGUUUGCCUUAGCACCAGCCUUUUCCGCACUGAGGGACCAUAUUGGCUGGCGACGUACCAUGGCAGUGAUUGGAGCUUUGCAAAGCACCAUCAUCAUCUGUGGUGCUCUGCUUCGACCAAUCAUUAUCAAACCCAGAGCCACCUGUGAGACAGAGACUGAUGGACUGUCCCUGAAGGAACUGGAAGCACUCAGUACACCAGAGAACAAAGAGGACAUAAACCCAGAGGACUCCGUAAUAAACAAUACCUCACAUGCAGAAAAUAUCUCCCACAGUCUGGACAAUGAGCUAACCAGAGGCUCUGUGAGCACUGGAGACUCUGGUGUCCAGUCUCUAAAGGACACAGAGGACAGCAGCGCAGAGGAGAAGACUUUACUGCGCGAGGAAACAAGAGAGUCUAUAGAAAACACUGAGGUUAUAGAAUCUAAAACAGAGAAAACGAGCGAAGACGCAGAGAAACAAGUGAUAAAAGAUGAGGACAUUAAAUCCGGUGAUGAAAAGCUUUCCAUAAAGAAUACAAAACUCAUAGACUUCUCCAUCCUCAGAGAGUGCAGCUUCAUUCUUUACUCUCUGUUUGGACUGUUCGCCACACUUGGCUUCUUCGCACCUCAACUUUACAUCAUCGAGCUCAGUGUGAGUCGAGGUGUGGAGCGGGACCGCGCCACAUACAUGCUCUCCACCAUGGCUGUGGCUGAAAUCUUAGGCCGAUUCUCCAUCGGGUGGAUUCUGACACGGGAGCGGCUCAGGAAGAAGAAGCUGCUUGUGCUCCUGGCAUGUGUAAUUACGAUGACUGCGGAUCUGGUUGGAUUUACUUUGGUGAGGGAGUUCUACGGCCUGGCUGUGUGCUGCGCUUUGUAUGGGUUCUUUAUGGGAACCCUCGCAUGCACACACAUCCCCAUGCUGGCUGAGGAUGAUGUGGUGGGUAUAGAGAGGAUGUCUUCAGCUGCUGGUGUCUAUGUGUUCAUACACAGCUUCGCUGGGCUGGCUGGACCCCCACUGGGAGGUGUGCUGGUGGAUGUGACUCAGAACUAUGGAUCAGCCUUCUAUUCCUGUGCAGUCGGCAUGGGACUUAGUGCCCUGUUCCUGGGUUUAGUAAAACCUGCUAAGAGAGGAUUACUCUGUAGGAGAAGGGACUCAAAACACCCUGAAGAAAGGAAAAUGGCCUCAGAUGAACAAAGUACAGUGAAGUACAGUACAACUGAAAGUCCUCAGAAUUGCUCUGAAGUGGAAGGCCAGACAGCGGCCACAAGAGACGUCCAGGAGGUUAUACGCUUUGCUUGAGCUGACAAGAAAGGAUAAGGGCGAUAAACGGUCAAGCCAUAUGAGGGUAAACUGCUUUCUAAAGACUACAGCUGGCAAGUGCUGAAGUGACACGAAUACAAUGAAGAGAAGGACCAAAAGUGUUUAUGAUCUGCCGUUGUAGAUCUGGGCGCUGACAGCAAUCUUUAGGCCUUUUACAUUACAAUAUGUAUGUAGCAGUUGUGCCUUACAUAUCUAAUGUACCAAACAGUAUUUUUCCAGAGUUAACACUAAAUUAAAAAAGUGUAUACAAUUAAAGUAGCUUUAAGUGAGUAAAGCCUUAGAUGUAAUGUUGCUUUAAAGGACCAGUGUGUAGGAUGUAGCGGGAACUGUUGGCAAAACUGGAAUGUAAUAUUUAUAACGAUAUCUUUAUAAGUGUAUUCUUGACCAGACCUGGUGCAUGUCCAGCAGAUAGACCUGAGAUUCAGGUCAAUUAUAAGCACCUAGCAAAGGUCUUUCUUACUGUAUAUAAUGUUUCAUAUUAUUUUAGGUCUCUAUUUAAUUUUAUUCUAUCACAGCUUAUUUUGUUGUUGCUGUUGUGAUGCGAGUUUAUGAUGGUUUUAAGCAGCCUGAAACAGCCAUACAGAAAUGUCAUGAAGGUCAUAAAGUCAGAAUAUGUGUCCAUUCCUCAAUCACUUAUAUUCCUUUAGUCCGUAAGUGUCAACCAAUCAAAAGAAUCAAUAGGCUUCAGAAAAAUUAAUUUUGAAUAUUGUCAUCCUCACUAUCCACCUUUCCUCUGCUUCACAUCCAAAUUCCUGGUGCUGCAGCUUAACCUUUUUUUUCAUCUUACUUUAGAGCUUGUAAUCUUAUCCUAAAUCAGCCUAAUCAUCACAUAAGCUACAUUCACAGUGCUUCUGUGUUUCUCUGGUGAUUAGCACUGAUCACGGGUCGUCUCGCAUUCAUUUGGAUGUUAUACAUAUUGAUAAAUAGACCCAGGACUCGGGGUAAUAGAAUAAAUCUUGAUCUGGAUCUGAUUGAUCAUUAUGAAAUGUGGAGCCAAGCCCCUAUCGGUCCCGGGUAGGGUCUCGGGUCCCUUGGGUCCUUCGCUGCUAGAUGCCACUAAAUCAUACACGCUGGUCCUUUAACAAUCUUAUGAGAUAUAGCUGGAAAGUAUGGACGUGUUAAAAAUAGACCACGCAGCCUUAAUGAAGGUGCCUCAGUUUGAGAUAUUCCAGAAGCAAGAUGUAACACUGAUACUUGAUGAACUAAUUACCUGCCGGUUUAAUACCAUAACAAGUGCCAGAAAACUGUGACGCAAAUGUAGCUGCGAGAACAAUAAUUUGCACAGAUUCUGUAACGUGUGAUAGAAAUACAUAAAACUCAGGAGAUUGUGUAAUUAAACAUGUUUUAUUUGAUGUAAUGAAGUGUUAUGUGACGUGUCAGAUUUGAUCUAUUUUUGUAAUGAAAACGAGUUCAAUCACAAUAAAGUGAUUUGAAUCAC